AAAAAAAAAAAACACUCAAUUUUCUCUCCUCAAAUCACCUCAAUUAAUAUUCCACUUCCAAAACAACCAAAGAGAAUGAGAAACAACAACUUAUUCCACUCCACAACCAAAAUGACCGCCGCCGAGGCCUCCGCCACCGCCGCCGCAAAAACAACCUUCUCCCCGCCGGCCACCUUCCAGCGCUCUCCGUGGCACUCCCCGGUCCCGUACCUCUUCGGGGGCCUGGCCGCGAUGCUCGGCCUCAUCGCCUUCGCCCUCCUCAUCCUCGCCUGCUCCUACUGGAAGCUCUCCACCGCCGAAGAAGCCCGGGACGGAGACGUGGAGAGCGCGAAAGGCGACGCCGCCGCGGCCGAGAAGGCCCUCCCGGUUUUCGAAGAGAAGUUUCUCGUGAUCAUGGCCGGCGAUGCUAAGCCAACUUAUCUCGCCACGCCUGUUUGCAGUAGAAAUGCUUCAUUUGAUGAUGAUCAAAAGGUUGACAACAAAGAAGAAGAAGGAGAAGGAGAAAAAGUGAAGAAAGAUGGUGAAAAUGCACUAGAAAAUGGAGAGUUGAGCCAAUCAAAUUUGAGUUGAUGAAAAUUAGUAUUACUAUUAGGGUUUGUGAUCAAUUUUGAUCUUUUUUUUUAAAUUUCUUUUGCUUGUUUUGAGCAAGGCACUUGCUCAAUUUUGUGAGCCAAGGAAAUGUAAAUUUUUUUUCUAAUGAGAUGAGAACUCAGUUUGGAAACA